AUUCCACCACCCCGGUCUCUCCUUGUCUACUACUACAUGUAGCAAUAUUAUCAUACGUGUACCUAGUUCACUUCACUUCAAACAUACGUCAAAAUGGCUGAGCUAAUUGCGGUACCGUUGAAAAAACCAUCUGACGUUGACGUUAUUAAACCACUUACAAACGUUAUUAAAUCAACUUAUAAUAGUUCAAGUAAUCAAAAAGAUUAUACGGAGGCAAUAAAUGAUUUUAGUAAACUAAGAAACAAUGCUUUGUGGCGAGCAUUCGAGAAGUUUGAAAGUUCCUUGGAGGUUAUAUACAGCUACUAUGAUCAAUUAUGUGCAUUGGAAGGGAAAAUACCUGCUCAUGAAUUACAAAUUCCAUUUAAGUGGAAAGAUGCAUUUGAUCGCACUAUAUUUGGUGGAAAACUUAGUUUAACUAUUAGUACAAUUGGAUAUGAAAAAGUAUGUGUAUUAUUUAAUAUUGCUGCAUUGCAAAGUUCAAUAGCAGCAACACAAUCCUUAGAGAGUGAUGAAGGUUUAAAAUUGGCUGCAAAAUUGUUUCAACAAUCUGCUGGAAUCUUUAAUUAUCUUAAAGGAAAUGUUAUGAUGGCUAUUCAAGAACUCACACCAGACAUUAGUCCAGAAACAUUAAGUGCAUUAUCUGCAUUAAUGCUUGCUCAAGCUCAAGAAAUAUUUGUACAUAAAGCAAUCUAUGAUGCAAUGAAAGAUGGAAUUGUUGCUAAAUUAGCUGCACAGGCUGAGGAACUAUAUGCAGAUGCAUUAAAGUUGUUUCAAAAAGAGAUUUUUAGAGCAUUUUGGGAUAAAGAAUGGGUUCCCUUAAUUGCAGGAAAACAAGCUGGGUACCGUGCAAUGGCUGAUUUUUAUCAGUCACUUGUGUGUAAAAAUAAUAAGAACAUUGGGGAAGAAAUUGCCAGACUAGAGCAUGCUGUAGAAUUAUUUAAAGCUGCUCAGCAACGUUCAAAUAAACCUAGUUUGUUCCAAGAUUAUGCUAACAGGGCUCAAAGGAAUCUUACAGAAGUGAAGAAAGACAAUGACUUUAUUUAUCACGAAAGGGUACCCGACGUUAAAUCGUUGGAACCUAUUGGCAAAGCUAGUGUUGCAAAGUUGUUACCACUGCCAGAGGUUUUCAGCUCGAACUUUAAAGAUCUUUUCUCUGACCUAUUACCCGUUACCGUGCAUCAAGCGUUAUCUUCUUACGAAGUUCGUCGUAAUGAACUAGUUAAUUCGGAAAUAUCUAAAUUACGUGAGAUGACACAAGUUUUGAAUAGCGUCUUGGCAAGUUUAAACUUACCGGCGGCUAUCGAAGACACAAGUGGAGUAGAGUUACCUCAAUCUCUGUUAGAAAAAGCUCAAUAUGUAAAUGAAGCAGGUGGAAUUAGAGCUUUGAAUAGUUCUAUGAAAGAGUUACCCGAGCUUUUACAACGAAAUAAAGAACUUCUAGACGAGUGUGACCGAAUGCUCCAAGAAGAGCGAGAAUCUGACGAUCAAUUAAAAGAACAAUUUAAAGAACGAUGGACGAGAAUACCUAGUGCGCGUUUAACAGAGCAGUUCACUGUUAAUCUGCGGAAGUAUCGUGAGAUUAUUAAUAAUGCUGUAACAGCUGACAAAGUUGUACGCGAAAAAUAUGAAAGUCAUAAAGAGGGUAUGGAAAUUUUAAGUUCGGAUGAGGGCGAUUUAAUCAAUGCUGUGCCAGCUGGUUCAGCGGUUCAAGAAAGCCGCACUGUUGCUCAUCUUAGAAAAUUGAUGGAAGAUGUUGAAACGUUGAAAGCAGAACGCGAUGUCAUAGAAAGUGAAUUAAAAUCUGCUGCUACUGACAUGAAAACGACAUUCUUGUCAGCGCUUGCUAAAGAUGGUGCAAUCGAUGAACCAAACUUAUCCGUGGAAAGUAUAGGAAAGACAUACGGACCUUUACAGAAACAAGUGAGGGAAAGCGUUGCUCGUCAGGAACAACUCAUUGCAGAAAUUCAGAGGAGUCACUCAGAAUUUACAGCAGAACAAUCUGGUAGUGGUAGCUCGCGAGAAGCGAUGUUAUGUAAACUGGCAGCUGCUUAUGAUGCAUUUAAAGAAUUAAGAGACAACUUGAACGAAGGUGCUAAAUUUUACAACGACUUGACGCAGCUAUUGGUGGUCUUCCAAAAUAAAAUAUCAGAUUUCUGUUUUGCUCGUAAAACUGAGAAAGAAGAGUUAUUGAAAGAUUUAACUACAAAUUUGAGUCAUACCGGCCCAGCUACGACCCCUACUAUUCCGUCUCAUCAUGGAGGAGUAUCAGCACAAAGUCAAUCUGGGACAGAACAAAGUGGAUCCUCACAGUUGCCGUACCCUACACAGUAUCAAGGUGCAAUGCCGAUACCAUAUGGAGCUGGUCCAGCUACACCUUAUCCUGCAUACAUACCACCUCCUAUGCCUGCUACUUAUAACCCAUAUGCAACAAUGCCUUAUCCAACACAAGGAGGUUAUACUCCAUACCAGCCUAUGCCGCCAAAUCCUUAUGGCGGAUUUGCGACCAUGCCGCGUUACACCGGCGGUCACCCUCCUCAUGGACAAAACCCAUACUGAACCAUAAACCGAGCACUGUGAUUGCAAAUAUAGCCAUAUAAUUUUAUGAAAAUGGGGCAUAAACUGUAUUUAAUUAUACCGUGGCAGUUAAGGCACAACAUUAUUCGAUCUGUCCAAUGAAAACAAUGAAAAACAGCGCGGCAAGGACAAAUUUGAAGAAAGUAUAUUCCUUCGUUGUUAUUGUAUUUCAUGCAGUUGAAUUUGAUAUAGAAUAUAUCAAGCUUGAAAUGACGCUUCGUAAAAGGAAAAGAAAGGUUUAAGCAUAAUAAUGCCUUUGCAAUUUAUAAAUAUAUUUUGUAACAUAAUAAGUGUAAUCAAUGACUUUAUCUAUAAAUCAAACUUAUUUUAUCGA